AUGGAACAACAUCCUAUCACCACUCUGGAGCAACAUCCUAUCACCACUCUGGAGCAACAUCCUAUCACCACUAUGGAACAACAUCCCAUCACUACUCUGAAGCAACAUCCCAUCACCACUCUGGAGCAACAUCCCAUCACCACUCUGGGGCAAACAUCCUAUCACCACUCCUCUGGAACAACAUCCCAUCACCACUAUGGAGCAACGUCCCAUCACCACUCCUCUGGAACAACAUCCCAUCACCACUCUGGAGCAACAUCCCAUUACCACUCUGGAACAACAUCCUAUCACCAUCUGGAACAACAUCCUAUCACCACUCUGGAACAACAUCCCAUCACCACUCUGGAGCAACAUCCCAUCACCACUAUGGAACAACAUCCUAUCACCACUCUGGAGCAACAUCCUAUCACCACUCUGGAGCAACAUCCUAUCACCACUAUGGAACAACAUCCCAUCACCACUCUGGCGCAAUAUCCCAUCACCACUCUGGAGCAACAUCCCAUCACCACUCUGGAGCAACAUCCUAACACCCUCCUCUGA